AUGGCGGAUACGGAGGAGCAUGAGCACGAGGAGCAGAAUAUGGAGAAAAAGGUGAGGAAGAAAGGUAAACACGACAAGCCAAAGCCAUGGGACGAUGACCCAAACAUCGAUCGUUGGACAAUCGAGAAGUUCGACCCCUCAUGGAAUCCAAACGGUAUGCUCGAAGUCAGCUCCUUCUCCACACUAUUUCCUCAAUACAGAGAGAAGUAUCUUCAGGAAUCAUGGCCCAGAGUCGAAUCCGCUCUCAAAGAAUACGGCAUCGCCUGCAAACUCAAUCUGGUUGAAGGUUCUAUGACUGUUUCGACGACGAGGAAGACAAGAGAUCCGUAUAUCGUUGUGAAAGCUAGGGAUUUGAUUAAGCUUUUAUCGAGAAGUGUCCCUGCUCCUCAGGCAAUUAAGAUUCUGGAAGACGAAGUACAAUGUGAUAUCAUCAAGAUCGGAAAUUUGGUUCGCAACAAGGAAAGAUUUGUUAAAAGAAGGCAGCGGCUUGUGGGACCUAAUAGUUCUACCUUGAAGGCGCUGGAAAUAUUAACCAACUGUUACAUUCUAGUUCAGGGAAGUACUGUAGCUGCAAUGGGUCCUUUUAAAGGUCUCAAACAACUCAGAAAGAUUGUGGAAGAUUGUUUAACGAAUACACUGCAUCCUGUUUACCAUAUAAAGAUUCUCAUGAUGAAAAAAGAACUGGAAAAGGAUCCAGCCCUUGCAACUGAAAGCUGGGAUAGGUUUCUUCCUAAAUUCAAGAAGAAAAAUGUUAAGCAAAAGAAGCCCAAGAGCAAGGAGAAGAAGCCAUACACACCUUUCCCUCCUCCACAACCGCCUAGCAAGGUUGAUUUACAAUUGGAGUCUGGAGAAUACUUCUUGAGUGACAAAAAGAAGUCAGAGAAAAUGUGGCAGGAGAAGCAAGAGAAACAGACAGAGAAGAGUACAGAGAACAAAAGAAAGAGAGACGCUUCAUUCGUCCCACCUGAGGAACCUGUGAAGAAGAACAACAACUCAAACAAGUCUGAGGAUGGCAAGGAAGAUCUAACCGAGUUAACAAAUUCCUUAAAGAUCAAAGCAAAGGAGUUGAAAAAGCAGAAGAAGUCGCACGAGAGAGUGAAUGCAGAAGACUAUAUUGCUGUUGAAUCUGGUGAUAAACCUUCCAAGAAGAAAUCCAAAGUGACUAGAGAUUAA